UCUGUCGCCCUCUUGUGGCGAAAGACAAGCCUUUGAUUAGUUGUUUAUCGACUUAAGCAGUGAUGUCGGGACCAAAUGUUGUCGAUACGGCCAAAAUGGUCUUUCAUUACGUCGCCAAAAUAGCCCCGCGAACGCCCAACAGUCCCGACGUGACGGACGCCAACUCCAGUCGCGAAAUGAAAGUGUGUUUCCGUCACUCAAAGCACUCCAUUAAAUGCGAUGUCAACGCCGCGUGUCUGGAGUGCGACUCUGGACUUAAGCUCUAUUCCUACGAUCAGUGCCGAAGACAUUUGGAUGUGGUUCGGUCGGAGAAGCGAUUCGAAAGCAUAGAAGUGGACAGAAGUGAAAAUAUGAUUGAAAAGCUUUGUGACAUCGACGAGAACGGCCGAAAAGUGGUGUCUUUAUUGGAAGCGUUGCUAAACAAACAAGAUUUGGUAUUGAAAUCGUUGAACGAAAGAACGCCGGACGACGAGGCCAUCAAUUGUUCGCUAAAAGAGAUUUCGAGAAACACUUUGAAGAGUCAGAAGCGCGUGGACGACAUCUGCGAACGACUCGCGCAGUCACACGCAGUGCUUACCGAGCUUUUGACCAGCGGUCAGACGAUUGCGACGAAUCAGACUUCAGUUAACGAAAAAACAGUUGAAAUGAAUGUCUGUUUGAAUACUAUUUCCGCGCAAUUGAAUGCCGAAAGUCGAGAUGUCAAAGAGUGGAGAACACUCUGCGACGCCACGGCUGCCGAUUGGAGGACACACAAGACGGCGCUCGAGUUGGAGGCGCGCCAAACACGCGAGACUAUGGCGCGGAUGGAAGGAUCUGUUGAUAGACUCGUCAGUUCUAUUCGAGAAGAUUGUUCGGCGGCUUUGGAAGCAAUGCGUCGACAACUGGUUGAAUGCGAACAAAGUUUUCGGACAGAAGUGACGUCAGCCAUUGCGGGGAUCAGAGAAGAGAUCAGAAAUUUAGAAAAUUCGUCGCAAAUAUUGGCCUCAGAACUAAAGGAUUCUUUGCCCGAGAAAUUAAUGGAUGUAUUCGGAGGUAUUCUCAUGUUAUCCGCAGAUAAUAAUCGACGAAUGGAUGAAACAUUAGACGGAAGAGAAAGUUCUCUUCAGAAGAAUGAGUUUUGAAUGAAACGAAAGCAUUGAAUGUAAAUAAAUAUAAAUAAAACGUCUUUUCAGUCGA